AUGGUGAAGCUGGGCCUGGAUGAAGAGGCUGAUGAGGGUGGCAGCCAGCAUGAGCUGCAGUUCAGGAGCCUCCAGGAGUGGUGGCACCAGGCCAUCCAAUGCUGCAUCCAGUCACUGAGGCAUGCCCACCAGUGCCAUGAUACCAACUGCCCACAGCUGUCCUGCCAGAAGAUGAAGAAGGUUGUCCAGCAUAACAAGAGCUGCCAGUGCAAGACCAAUGGAGGUUGCGGAGUGUGCAAGCAGUUCAUCACCCUUUGCUGCUACCAUGCCAAACACUACCAAGAAACACAUGCCCCAUUCCCUACUGCCUUUGCAUCAACCAGAAGUUCCACCAGCAGGAGAUACAGCACCACUGGCAGCACACAUAGCUCAUGUGCUAGCGGAUGCUACCAUCAAUACCCGCACCAUGCCUCAACACAGUCAACCUUACCUUCCUUUAGCACCACCCUGGCCCUCCACACUGCAUUCCAGAAUACCCUGGAAACCACAGAGCCUGACUGCCUCUGCCCUUGCCUGUAA